AUGCUGCUGCAAAGGCGCGGCGGCCUCCUCUGCUGCGGGUGCGGUGGCAGCGCCGCGGCCGUGGCCGUCGGCGGCCGCGCGCCCUUUUCGGGAGACGACGCCGCCGAUGGCCAGCCGCGCGGCGCCAAGAGCGCGGCCGGCACCGGUGCCGGUGUCGCUGCCGCCACCGCGAGGCAGCUGUCGUGGGCGCAGGUGGAGGCCAUGACGGGGGGCUUCACGUCGGCCGUCGUCGGCGAGGGUGGCUUCAGCACCGUCUACCUCGCCCGCCUCGCCGGGUCCCUCGCCGCCGUCAAGGUCCACCGCAGCAGCGAGCGCCUCCACCGCGCGUUUCGCCAGGAGCUCGAUGCGCUCCUUCGCGUGCGCCACCCCCACAUCGUCCGCCUCCUCGGCUUCUGCGACCAGCGAGACGAAGGCGUGCUGGUGCUGGAGUUCGCGCCGAACGGGAACCUGCACGAGCAGCUCCACGGCGAUGCCACGGCGGCGCCGAUGCCUUGGGCGCGGCGGGUGUCGGUGGUGCUGCAGGUGGCCCGCGCGCUGGAGUACCUCCACGAGUGGUGCGAGCCGCAGGUGGUGCACGGCGACGUGAAGGCGUCCAACGUGCUGCUGGACGCGGGCAUGGGCGCCAGGCUCUGCGACUUCGGGUCGGCGCGCGCGGGGUUGUCGGCGGCCGUCGUCGCCCGCCCUGGCCCUGUCUCUUGCCCGCGCCCGCGGGUGCGCGCGGUGCUGGGUUCCCCGGGCUACGUGGACCCGCACUACCUCCGCUCCGGCGUGGUCACCAAGAAGAGCGACGUGUACAGCUUCGGCGUGCUCCUGCUGGAGCUGCUCACGGGCGUGCAGGCGUUCCACGACGGCCGCCUCCUGACGGCGUCCGUGGCGCCGAAGCUCGCCGCCGCCGCGGGGGACGGCGUGGCCUGCGAGCUCGUGGACCGGAGGCUGGGGUGCCGGUACGACGCCCGCGAGGCGGCGGCCGUGGUGGCGCUGGCGGCCGCGUGCGUCGGGAACAACCCGGGACUCCGGCCGUCCAUGGCCGACGUUGUGCGGACCCUGGAGCAGCUGCAGCACGGCCGGUCCUCGGUCGUCGUGUCCACCGCCGCCGGUGGGAAGCUGUAG